AUGGCAGAAGAUGAAAUCAACGCGCUCGUAAUCGACAACGGGUCCGGUAUGUGCAAAGCCGGGUUCGCCGGAGAUGAUGCACCCAGAGCCGUAUUCCCAUCCAUCGUUGGGAGACCCAGACAACCCGGAAUCAUGAUUGGAAUGGGACAGAAGGACAGUUAUGUCGGUGAUGAGGCACAGUCGAAACGUGGUAUCCUCACUCUGAAGUACCCGAUCGAGCACGGAAUCGUGACCAACUGGGAUGAUAUGGAGAAGAUCUGGCAUCACACGUUCUACAACGAACUGCGUGUCGCCCCCGAGGAACACCCAGUCCUACUCACCGAAGCACCCAUGAACCCAAAAGCGAACCGUGAGAAAAUGACACAGAUCAUGUUCGAGACGUUCAACACACCAGCCAUGUACGUGGCCAUUCAGGCUGUGUUGUCGUUGUAUGCAUCUGGUCGGACGACUGGGAUUGUGUUAGACUCCGGGGACGGUGUGAGUCACACAGUGCCGAUCUACGAGGGUUACGCCCUACCACACGCUAUCCUCCGUCUGGAUCUGGCUGGUCGAGAUCUGACUGACUACCUGAUGAAAAUCAUGACGGAACGCGGCCACUCGUUCACCACGACAGCUGAGCGAGAAAUCGUUCGCGAUAUCAAGGAGAAGCUGUGCUACGUCGCACUCGAUUUCGAUCACGAGAUGGCGACUGCCAGUGAGAGCUCAUCACUGGAGAAGGGUUACGAGCUUCCCGAUGGACAGGUGAUCACGAUUGGCAACGAACGAUUCCGCUGUCCCGAGGCCAUGUUCCAACCGAGUUUCCUCGGUAUGGAGUGUGCCGGUCUGCAUGAGACCGCCUACACAUCGAUCAUGAAAUGCGACGUGGAUAUUCGAAAGGACCUGUAUGCGAACAUUGUUUUGUCUGGCGGUUCGACCAUGUUCCCCGGCAUCGCCGAUCGAAUGCAGAAGGAGAUUACAUUGUUGACGCCGAGCACAAUGAAGAUCAAGAUAAUCGCUCCUCCGGAGCGCAAAUACUCGGUGUGGAUUGGAGGUUCAAUUUUGGCUUCCCUAUCUACAUUCCAUCAGAUGUGGAUCACCAAACAGGAGUAUGACGAAUCUGGCCCGGGUAUUGUACACCGAAAAUGCUUUUAG